AUGUCUACACUGCCGGCAGCUGAUGGCGCCGCCGUCGAAGUGGACGAGGAAAUUGAAGGAGAAGAAAUUGGCUCCAGAAAUUACCGCUUCUCAAAAAUCGGAGAGUCCGUUUCCAUUAAUUCUGAGUUCGAUACAAAUUCCCUACCAUCCCAGCCUCUAGCCGUCUCCGAACGGCUUCGCCUCCUAUUUGUAGCUUAUCCAAAGGGGUUUUAUGUUGCGAGGACCAAGGACGUGAUUGCCACCGCCGAGGAAUCUAAAGAGAAACAAAAGGGACAAUCUUUACAGGAGCUGAGCCUCGUUGAUGUCCCAAUUGAGAAAGUUUCGAUUUUGGCUCUAUCAGCUGAUGACUCAUUGCUUGCUGCAAGCGUGGACAGCUAUGUCCAUUUCUUUGCUGUUAGCGCUCUGCUCCAUAAGGAAAAGAAGCCUUCGUAUUCAGUGACGCUUGAUGAGUCCAGUUGCGUCAAGGAUUUUCGUUGGGCGAAAAAGGUUGCGAAAGCUUAUCUCAUCCUUUCAGCCAAUGGAAAGUUAUACCAUGGAACUGGUCAAGGUCCCCUUGGUUAUGUUAUGGAAGGUGUCGAUUCUGUCGACUGGAGUGUUAAAGGCAAUUUUGUUGCUGUUGCGAAAAAGAACGCCAUCAGUAUUUUGUCACCACAGUUUAAGGAAAAAGUAAUAUUUUCUCUACCAUUUCGGUCGGUGGUUGGUGAAUCUGAUGUGAACCAAGUUAUAAAAGUGGAUUCCAUACGGUGGAUCCGUCCAGAUUGUCUAGCUGUAGGAUGUUUCCAAUUAGAUGAUGAUGGUGCGGAGGAAAAUUACAUAGUCCAAGUCAUCACAAGCCGGGAUGGAAGGCUUACUGAUGAAGCUUCAAAGCCAACUGUUUUGUCUUUCAGUAAUAUCUUCAUGGAUUUCUGUUCUGAUGCAGUGCCCACAAGAAAUGGGUCACAUCUGCUUCUGAGUUAUCUUGAUCAUUGUGGUCUGGCAUUUAUAGCUAAUAGGAAUCUGUCCCGGACUGUUGGGCUGUUCUGUUGGUUGCCGGACAAAGGGAAGAAUAAAGCUGCAGUGGUUGAGAUUCUUAAUGAUGCUUGGAAUCUAUAUAUUGAUUCUCAAGAGGAUGGUGAAGAAAAUGUGAUCUUGGGACUCUCUGUGGACAAGGUCUCCCAGAAUGAGGAAGUCAAAUUCAUGCUGGGAGAUGAGGAAACAGAAGUCUCACCUUGUUGUGUAAUCAUAUAUCUAACUAUCGACGGGAAGAUUUCGGUUUUUCACUUUGCUAGUGCUGCAGGUGCUUUGACAUCACCUGAAAGUUGUGCUUCUGAUGAGGAAAACGAAGCUUCUCAGAUAUUUGCAAAGCAAGAGUUGCCUCUGCAUUCUUCUACCGGGGGUGAGGAAAGUAAAAACCCAACCCUUUUGACCUCUGGUUCUCAUAAGUUCAGCGAAUUUGGAAUGGAGAAGAUAGGUGCUAAGGUCACUGUCACAAGUGAUUUAUCGCCUUCUAUUAAUGGGGACAUCAAAUCACGAGAGCAUCCGUCUACUGAAAACAUGGGACAAAAAACUCUUGUGUACUCGCAGACUCCAAAAUUGGCUGAGCCAGUAAAGGCCUUUCCGUUAAUAUUGAACCAGGAUAGUAAAGUGGAGAAUCAAUCGACUAGUGAAGUCAAACACAAUACAAGUUCAUUUUCAGGGGAAGUAACUGGUGAUUUAUCUUGUCAAUCAAUAACUAAAGAUUCACAGUCAAGUGGCAAUGUGGAUCCGUCACAGAAAGCUCCAACGCCACAUUCACUAAGUUCGUGGUCUUUAACCCGGUCAACUGCUUCAAAAACUGCUGAUGGAAGGUUUUCUUUGUUCCCUUCUGAUGUUGGCAAUCCAGAUAAACAUGCAUUGCAAUCUGCUGGGAGUGUACUGCGGCAUCCUACAGAUAUAAAUGAGAUAUCCAAACCUACUGUCUCUUAUCCCUCUUUUGGACAGACAGCGUCUAUUGCUCAGGGUCAUAGAAUUGUACUGUCAGCAAAUCCUGUUUCAGAGGCGUCUCCAGGGGAAGGUGCUGUUUCAGGAAAACAUUCCCAGCCCGAAUUCAGGAAGGAAGUGAAUUCGUCUUCCUCGAGAACAGGGCUUCAAUACUCUAUACAGAAUGCUUCAAAACAGUCUGGAAAUGUUGAAGAAAUGGCUAAAAAACUAGAUAUUCUUCUUGAAGGAAUUGAAGGGAAAGGUGGUUUCUUGGAUGCAUCCAUAACUUCUCAAACAAAGUCUGUUACGGAGUUGGAGGACAAUAUAUGGACACUUUCCAGCAAAUGUAGAAAAUGGAGGGGAUAUAUGAAUGAACAACUGAAGGAACUAAAGCUUCUGCUUGAGAAAACUGUACAAGUUUCCGUGAGGAAAGUAUAUAUGGAAGGGGUCUUCAAGCAAGCAACAGAUAGCAGAUACUUGGAACUUUGGAAUCAUCAAAAAUUGAGUUCUGAACUAGAAUUGAAACAAAGACGAAUAUCAGAUUUAAACCAGGAGUUGACCAACAAGUUGAUUGAACUGGAGAGGCAUUUCAACUCCUUGGAGUUAAAUAAAUUCGGUAAUGACGGAAUGCAAAGAAAUCGGAGAGGCCUGCAGAAUUGGCAUGGCCAUUCAAGGCAAACUCAGUCUUUGAACACUCUACAUAACACGAUGCAAGCGCAAUUAGCAGCUGCUGAGCAACUUUCUGAAUGUCUUUCAAACCAAAUGGCUGCUUUGAGUAUUGAAUCCUUUGAAAAACAGGAUGUGAAAAAGAAGCUCUUUGAAUCAAUUGGCCUCUCUUACAUUGGGGACUCUGAAAGAUCUCCAGCUAGGGAUAGGAUCUCCUGUACUCCUCUUAACAAAGAGCAGUUACUCACUUCAAGAUCUGUUACUUACAAAGAUCACACGGGAAGAAACCAAUCUACAUUUGUAAAGACUCCUGAAACUGCAAGGCGGCGUCGAGAUUCUCUGGAUCGAAGCUGGGCAAGCUUUGAACCUCGAAAAACAACUGUGAAAAGGGUGCUGAAAGAAUAUGGUCAGAGCAACACAAACCUGCCGUUGUUAAAUAUUGAUAAACAAAGUCUCAGUCCACAGCUGCCAAGGAAGUCAGAAGUUGCUCAUUCAGCAAACUCAAGUAUGUACCGAGCAGCUUUGAACAGUUACAAAAACAAAGGCGUUGCUGAAAUACCAGAACAGCAUACGGUGGGCCAAUGUAAACCUGUUCUCCAGAGGACAACUGAUUCGCCAGAUAAUGGAAACCAAAAUAUAUCAACUAGAAACUCUCUUUCAUUGCCACCACCAUCCAUGUUGGAGACAAGGACAGCAGAAAAUAGUGGACAAGUAGCCUUUCAACUAAUUGGUGAAAAAUCAAGGGGUGGCCUACCUUUGACAGGAAAUAAAGAUACUUUUGCUGCAAGCGAGUUUAAUUUUUCCAGCAAAGAUUCUGAUACAAGAUUCCAGGCAUUACCAUCCACUUCCACACUGCUAACCGAGCAAUCUCUGACAUCAUCCUCUGUUUCCCCCGAUGCAUUGGAGCACUUUAAACAUGGGUUCACCACGGUAUCAAAAGGGGAACAGAAGAAGAAUGCUUGGACAGGGUCGAACACUCCAUUAUUUGACUCUAAAAUCCCUGUCCGUCCGGCAUCUGCAUUUAGUUCUGGCACAAAUUUAAUUGAGAAAGUUCCUCCAUUCACUACGAGUUCAGAAAAACCAAGCCAGCCCAAUGAUAGUUUGACAGAUUCUGUUCCAUCACAGUCACUCCUUGGUUCUUCAUUAUUUUCAAGUAACAGUGUACCAUCAUUGGCGUCCUCUGUAUCAAAACCAAGUUCGUCAACAUCAACUUCUGUUGCAAAACAGGAGGCAGAUUUACAGCCUCAGAUGUCAGUUUCUUCAACCCUGAAUUUUCAGAGUAAUCUUUUAUCUAGUUCCCCCUCAUCAAGCAUAACCAAGUCAGACACUCAGACAUCGUUGUUUCAACCUCCUGUUCCCGUGCUUGGCUCAAAUACCGAGAACCUUCCUUCAACAAAGACGCCGGUCAAUAAUACAUUGCUGAGAAAUGAUCACGAUGUGAAAAUUCAGGCUUCACCAUUGCAAUCUGGGUUCUCAGUUUUUACAUCUGGUUCUGAACUUACACCUUUUACAUCAUCUGGGUUGACUGAAUUGCCGAGCAAUUCUAAACUCGGAAGUCAAAUUGAUUCAGGUGUCUUGUCAAAGAGUUCAGCUGUUACAUCACUUAUCAAUGCUGAACCGCCUACUGCAGCUGAAGUUCGUUCACCAGCCUCACCAUCAAGUGAAGGGAUUAUUGGUAGUGCGAAAACAGUAGGUUUGAUUUCUUCUGAAGAGGAGGAAAUGGAGGAGGAAGCUCCCGACACAGAUCAGACUACUGAACUAUCGCUAGGGAACCUUGGUGGAUUCGGGAUUGGCUCAAUGCCAAAUUCAACCACCCCCAAAUCUAAUCCAUUCGGUGUAUCAACCCUCAACAAAGAUGCAACACAUUUUGCUUCAUCGCUCAAUACGUCUGCUCCUAUUGGCGAGCUUUUCAAACCUGCAUCUUUCCAAUUCCAACAACCUCUGCCUCUGAUGUCUUCCCAGCCAACGGCGGUGAACUUUUCUGGUGGGUUUAGUUCUGGGAAUUCCGGUCAAGUGUCUGCUGUUUCUGGGUUCGGACAACCCGCAAAUAUGGGAGCAGGUCAACAGGCACUGGGCUCAGUACUUGGUAGUUUUGGACAGUCUAGGCAGCUGGGGCCCAGUUUACCAGGAAGCAAUGUGGCCCCUGCUAGUGGCUUCGGGGGGAUUCCUACCGGUGGUUUUGGAGGAUUUGGUUCUGCUUCUACAGCCGGUGGUUUUGCGAGUUUGGCGACAGGUGGUGGAGGAUUUGCCGCUGCUGCCACUGCAGCUGGUGGAUUUGCCGCUGCUGCCACUGCUGCUGGUGGAUUUGCCGCUGCUGCCACUGCCGCUGGUGGCUUUGGUGCUGCUGCUUCAAAUCCUGGUGGCGGAUUCGGAGCUUUUGGGAACCAACAGGGCGGUGGCGCGUUUGCGGCCUUUGGUGGCGGCUCAGGAGCUGGAAGGCCUCCCUCGGAUUUGUUCACGCAGAUGAGGAAAUAG